AUGUGUUGCCUGCUUACUGAGUUUGGAUCAUUGUUCUUGGCCAAGAUGGGGUGGGUACAGCUGUUUGUGUGCCUGGUGCUCGGAGGGACUGCUUCUUCUCUGCAGUGCCCCGAUGGCCACAGCUGUAGGGGAUCCUCCAUUUGUUGCAAGCUCUCCGGAGAAGAUGGAUAUUCCUGCUGUGACCAGCCUCAGUUCACAGGUGCCUCCCUGCGCAUGUUCCCUCCGCAAGACAACUCUCUUCACCAGGUGGCGGAGCCCUCUGGUGUUGCGUGCUUAGACGGCCGUGUGUGCCCUGUGGAAUACUCCUGCCUGCGUACUCCAGAAGAUGACUUGGCCUGCUGCCCCUGGAAAGAGGGCAUCUCCUGUGCUGGCGGUCACUAUUGCUGCCCCCUUGGCUCCCGCUGCAGUCCUGACGGGAAAUCCUGCUCUCAGAGUGAAGUUCCAACCUUUCCUGCCAGAGUCGGUGCUGUUCAGUGUCCAGAUGGGGAAUCGGAAUGCCCAAACGAGUCUACUUGUUGUAUGAUGCCUGAUGGAGUCUGGGGGUGUUGCCCGAUGCCCGAGGCAUUGUGCUGUGAAGACAAGAUCCACUGCUGCCCACACAACACAACUUGCGACCUGCCACACGCGCGGUGCUUUGCAGCCUCCGGGGAGCAGCCUCUUCGAAAGAAGUUCCCAGCCAGCAGGCGAGCGGUUCUGUUGGAUUCACCUCAGAAAAGCCUCUGCCCAGGUAAUCAGUCCAGCUGCCCGGACACAGACACCUGCUGCAUUCUCCCGACGGGCCAAUAUGGCUGCUGCCACCUACCCAAUGCUGUCUGCUGCAGAGACCGCCUUCACUGCUGCCCGCAGGGCACCAAGUGUGACCUGGAGCACUCGCGAUGCACUAUGACCCCGCUGAGGUCAUGGCCCAUCUCGCACCUCACUGCGGACCUCCACCAAACAGUCGGUGUUGUCCAGUGCGACGAUGAGCACGCCUGCCCAGAUGGGAACACCUGCUGCCUGCGAAGCCCAGGCGAAUGGGGGUGCUGCCCAUUGGAGGAGGCUGUCUGCUGCUCAGACCACAUCCACUGCUGCCCAAAGGGCUACACAUGCAACAUGGCCGCGGGGACCUGCGACGAAGGCAGCAGAAGCAUCCCGUGGCUGGCAAAAGCAGAGCCACGCUCCCUGCCUGCGAGCUCUGCGGGCAUGGCAGUGCCAUGCGAUGCCCACACAGAAUGCCCAGAAGGACACACCUGCUGCCGUCUGUCAUCGGGCGCGUGGGGCUGCUGCCCCUUGCCAGAGGCCAUUUGCUGCAAGGACGGCUCCCACUGCUGCCCCGCCAACUACCAGUGCGACUUGUCGAAAGGCACUUGCACAAAGAACGGAGGCAGCAUCCCUUGGCUGGAGAAGAAGCCGGCCGUCGCUGGUCUCGCCUCUUUAAGCAGGAACGUGAAAUGCGACGAGGAGUUUAGCUGCGCAGAUGGGCAGACGUGCUGCACAACCGGAGCGCAGGGCUGGGCGUGCUGCCCUUUCCCACAGGCUGUCUGCUGCUCCGACCACGUGCAUUGCUGCCCUGGGGGCUACACCUGCGACGCGGAACGCAGCUCCUGCAUCCAAAGCGGAUGGCCUUCCCGGCAGGUCUCGACGGCUCUCGUUCAGCUGAGGGAGGUGAAUGACAUCAGGUGUGACGACCACACGAGCUGCCCAGACGAGUACACCUGCUGCCGGCUGCCCUCGGGCAAGUGGGGGUGCUGCCCUUUCCCACAGGCUGUCUGUUGUGCAGACCACGUCCACUGCUGCCCCAAAGGCUACACUUGUGAUCCAAUCAGAAGCACCUGCCAGUCACAGCAGCACUCUCUACCUUGGGCCCCCAAGCAUCCUGCCAGUGUGACUCAGAACCGUGGCGUCCAAUGCAAUGACACAGCCAGCUGCGAGGAAGGGCAGACCUGCUGCAGGGAUGUCUCAGGCGGGUGGAGCUGCUGCCAGUUGCCCAACGCUGUUUGCUGCGAGGAUCACCAACACUGCUGCCCCUCGGGCUACACCUGCAACGUGGCAGCUCAGACGUGCGAGAAGCAGUUCUGGCCCAGGCUCCUACCUGCUGGCGGUCUGCUGAGUUCCUCGCACGCCCCCACGUCUGGCCGGGAUGUGUCGUGCGGUGAUCAGCACUACUGCCACGACAACCAGACCUGCUGCAAGUCCAGCUCAGGCGGGUGGGCCUGUUGCCCUUACAACAAGGGCUCCUGCUGCUCUGACAGACGCCACUGCUGUCCGCCUGGCUACCGUUGCUCCUCGAGGGGCACUGAAUGCUUUAAACAGAAGCCACUCCGCUGGGACACGGGUGCCUUCACCCCUCGCUAUACCCAAGCACAUGCGUUGCUCUGAAGUGCCUUUUCGUGGCUGGGCUCUCUCGAUACUUGGGCGCUGCAGCGAGCUCUGCUUUUUUCAGGGAGGGACAUUUGUAAGAGUGUGCAGGAGAGCUGGGCGACUUCUGCCAGUUUGCUGUUCUGAUCAUGAAGGGGAUUCCCGCUGCCUUACGCUUGCCCCCUACUGGAUGGAAGACUCUCUUCUUUGGAGGCAUUGCUGGAGAGAAUAACUCCUCUCUCUCUCUCUCACCCAUCCUCCAAUGCCCACCAGGGACCCCUGGCUUCAAUGCCAUGCCCCAGUCGUAGCUGCAGCCUGGAAGGGUUGCCAUCUUUGGCUUCUUCUCCUGGGCCAAGAUUUAUGCAAGCUUGGUGGUCUUGCUCUGUCCCUGCAGUCCUCCCAAUUGUUUUUGAUUACUUUUGUGCUGUUUCUUAAAA